UGACCCGUGGUGGCUAUAUAGCCUUAUAGCUAUUCUAGCUAGCGAUUCUAUGUUGUUGGCCUACUCAGCAUACAACGCCUAUGCAAGCACCUCGACACAAAGUAAAGUGCCUCGCCAGCUACUUCUUCAUAUUUGCCAUGUAUUCCAUCUGUUUUCACGUAUUUUGAGGCAUGCAAGCUCAAUAUAUCCACCACGUGUCUGCUUUAUCUAUACCUGAAGCAGAACUAUAACUUAAGUCACGAUCAAUACCAGAAUCAUUCUAUAGAUUGAACUUUGAAACGGUAUUUGUGGGAAUUUAAAGGGCGAAGGCAGAGAGAUGGCGAAAAUGGACACGGGUAGCACAGAUGAUAGGUUAGCAGCAGCGAGAUCUAUCGACACGGACUGGAAUGCAGUGGCCCCUACAAAUAUUGUGAAACUGGUCAAUACAUGUGCAGAUGGACUGGGGACUUCAAAAGAAGCCUUCUUCUUCCCUUUGCUGACUGCCACCGCCGCCGUGCUUGGCCACAACGCUUACAUAGCUCUCAAUGACCUCUGGCCUGAGCCGCCCGUAAUCUGGACUGCGAUCUUAGCAGACGACAUGUGUAGGAAGAAAUCUGCCGUGAUCAGAUUCAUAACGCGCUCUAUGAAAGAAGCCGAGUACCGGAUCAAGAAUGAGAGUGCGCAAAGAGUCUUCACAACCCCAGAUACAAACAUCACAGAUCAACAGGCGGCAGUCCCACAAAAUUUAUCUGAGUUUGAUUUCAGCAUGAGCAACUUGAAAGAGCGUAUGACCUCGGGGAGCCGACAGGCUUGCAUGAUCGCUAAAGAUCUGCACAAGGUGUAUCGCGCUUUGGAUAGCAAACAUUUGGGGAGCGAUGCCGGGCCGUCCCAUCUGGAGGAGAUCUUGAAGCAACGAGAAGCCUUCUUUGAACUACAAACUGGAUACAGUCCUUGGUCAGAUGUUACCGGAACGGUGUAUGAAGAUGCCAGAUUUAAUCUAUCAGGCUUCAUCCAGCCACGUCAUGCCAGCGCCCUCCUUGGCAACUCUACAGACUCUCCAGGUUUCCUGGAGAGUACUCUGGCUAUCAUCUGUCCGAAACCACGCAAAGUCUACCACAACCAAUCCAUUGACGCAUCCAGCUGUGUCCUUGCGCCAAUAUUCGUGAACCUGCGUCAGCACCACACAACGACGAAGAUAUAUCUCUUGGACGCCCAAGCCAAUGCUGCCUUCAGCUCAUUCUACAAUGACGUCGAAGAAAGACUUGAGAGGAUGUCUAAUGAAGACACGGCACUCCGGAGGAUACUCGCAAAGAGUCAAGGCCAGGUUGCCAGACUAGCUUUAGUCCUUCACUGCCUUGAAUGCAUCACCAAGUCAAUGUUUCAGAAGGAAGAAGACGUGAUCUUUGAGCCAUUGGAAGUUAUUCCGUUGAGGAUACCGGCUGGGGUGAUGUACAACGCCAUUAAUUUGAUUCAGCUUUGUAUUAGACACAAGAGGACGCUGAUCAGUACAUUUUCACAUGCAGCAGCAACGACCCCUGAGAAAACAGUUCAAGCACAAGGUCAGACCUCGUUGGUCAGAGAUCCUAGAUUGAAUCAAAAGCAGCAGCAGCAACAACAGAAACAGCAACAGCAGCAAAAACAGCAACAGCAGCAACUACCCCAACAACAUGAGUUGCAGGUUCAUAUGCAACACCAACAAGAGCAACUCCAGCAUCACCUUCAACAGCACCAUCAGGUUCAACGUAUUGGGGAUGUUGCUAGAUCCUCUGAUCCUGCCACACCCAGACCUGAUAAUAUUUCUCCUAGUGCCUUACAACAGAGAAAGACACAUGGAUCUGGAUCUGGUAAUCAGCCACAGCGCCCACUACAGAUUCAUUCUAGUCAAUCAGGUCAUGUACCUCCUAUGGCUACGUCCAUGUCUUCAUCUAUGGUUCCAGCUCAGUCUAUGCCCGUACCCAUCGGAAUCACUGUGGUACCUGAUGGACCCCAAAUUGUCCAGGUGACUUACACACCAGAAGGAUCUAACGUUCCCAUCUCGGCAUCCUCUCAACAAGGACGAAACCCGGAACUUAUUCCUUUGAACAGCAUUUCAGGAAGGCCAGCCAUUAAAUCCAAACCAAAUACUCAGACUGUUCAUAGAACGAGCCGCAUUGAUGCUCCACCUCGACCAAAAUCAUCCACGGUGUUCUCCGGAAAGAUGCCUCCUAGACCAUCUUCCAAGCUAUCGGCUGAAGCUAUGAAAAUACUACGUCGGGCGCAGAAAAGAAACACACCUCCAGUGGCCCCUGUGCCCACUGGUUGUCCGACCAGCGCAGAUUUCAGGAACUUCAUGGUUCAGUGCCCUCAGAAGGCUCGUCGGAUCCUCACUCAUGGCUUGAAUAAGAUCGAUGCUAUCUACGUGGCCCAACGAAAGCUCUUUCCUCCCGUGAUCUGCCUAGGACCCAACGGCAAGAAACUAUCCAAGUACCCAGCGAACGCUGCCAGGGCUUUCCUCACGGCUCUUGCCGACGCGGGCCUUGGUGACAUGAUAUCUCGAGCAAGAAGUCGAUCUGGAAAAUCCACAUUCAAAAAGAAAAGUUACAACGAACUCUCGGUGUCGGCCCUGGCCAUUCUUGCGAAGCUGAACAUCACAGAACAACAGUAUUCAUUUCUUGACAAUGCAUUGUACUAAUGAUCAAAUUAGUAACGAUAUGAUUUGUAGGUAAACUCCUGGAUAAACCGUAUCUUCUAUACUAUUCUAUAACAUGUAUGUAACACCCGUGCAUACUACUAACAAUUAUCUCAACCAGAAGUGAGAGGUGAUUAACACUGAAGUAAUUAAUGCACACUCUACCAACCUACAUUGGUCGCUAUGCUAUCACUUACGAAACCUAGAAUUGUCGAUACUAUAUCACAACUUGGUUAUAGUUAUACUUCAUAAAAUGGCAAAUACAUGUAUUUGUUACGCCUCGUCCUCUUAUUUUAUUUGAUGGAACACAUAUUAUAUUUUUUCCCCCGCUUGAUUCAAUAACCAGUAAACAUGAUUAGAAAAAAAUAAUAUUGUCCCAUAUGGCAUCCGAUAGCUGUAUUCAAAGAGGAAUACCAUUCUCAGAUUAUAAUGCCCUUGAUUGUCACCCCUUAAACAGAGAAAAUGAGCAAUGAAUGAAAAAAUAUCUGUUUGCUUCAAAGUAGUGGUUGUAUUUCAAUGUUUUAACGAAAAAGACUCGUCUCACUGAUUGCAAACCGAAGCAUCGAAUCUUAAUUUACAACAGACUUGAUAAUGGCUGAUCGUCAACAAAACUAAUUUAUAACAAAUCCUGGCAAUCGGUCCUGCAGUAAAAAGAAUCUGUAAAAAUUAGUCAAUUAGUCAAAUAAUAACUGUUAUUAU